GGGCUCAGUGCCGCGGGUUUGGGUGUGUGGCCAAGAGGGGCGCCCGCCGGCCUCCUCCACCGCCAUGAUGGACUCGCACAUCAAGACUCACUCCCUGGAGAGAUCUCUGCUGCCGCUGGUGACGGAGAUCAGCACCUUGGUAUCUUCACCAGGGGAGCGGGGCGGGGCAGGCUGUGAUAAGACAGCUCGGGCCCUACAGCGGGUCGGACAAGCAGUCAAUGUAGCAGUAGACCGCUUCGUCACUGUCGGCGAGACCAUAGCGGAUGACAAUCCAGAGAUUAAGGUGGACAUGUAUGAAGCUUGCAAGGAGGCGAGAGCUGCAGGUCUGGCCAUCGAGAAACUCUGUGAGACUGCAGAAGCGAAUUUCGUGGUUGACACAGGCGUAGGCGGCGGCGGGGGUGGCGGGGGCGGAGGGGGCCGGCCCGAGUACCGCGCCUCCAUGAUCCGAGCAGCGCGGUGCCUCCUUUCCUCUGUCACCCGCGUCCUGCUGCUGGCUGACACUGUGGUGGUGAAGCAGCUACUACUCGCUAAAGAUAAGGUAACACACAGUCUGUCGCGGCUGGAGAGCGUCACCAACUUCACGGAGUUCGUCAAAGCGUUCAGUCACUUCGGCGCCGAGAUGGUGGAGCUGGCGCAUCUCACAGGGGACCGCGCCGCUGACCUCAAGGAUGAGAGGCGGCGCGCGCAGAUGGCAGCCGCUAGACAAGUCCUCGACAGAUCUACUAUGAUGCUUCUCACAGCUUCAAAAGUGUGCUUGCGUCACCCGGAGUGCCUCACCUCGCGAGAAAACAGGGACACGGUUUUCUGCCAGAUGCGGCGGGCCAUGGACCUCAUACACUACGUGGUGAAGGACGGCGUGCUGGAUUCCGUCAACGCCCACGGCGAGGCCAGGAUAAACGGCCAGAGCCCCGCCGAGUCCCCGGGAUCGCUGAGGACGCGCCAGGUCUCUCUCACGUCUCACUCUCAGGAGGACUGGGACAACAACCACACCAUGUACGGAGCCAUUCGCCACCUGGAAGACUCCGUGGAGAUGACCAGGAUGACUCUGUGUGGCCCGGCUGUCAGGGAUCGCCUCUGCCAGGCUGUGGACACGAUAUGUGAGAGGAUGCAGGACUUCACAGACUCUGCUUACACUUCCCAUGAGCACCGUGAGAACAUCCUGCUGCUUCUGGAUAGGAUACGCCUGCAGGUGAACCAGCUGCUGCGGGUCGGCAUGAACCUGGAGCAGAAGGAGCCGCCCUCGCCCGGGGAUGAGCUGGAGACGGCCAUCAAUGCAGUGCUGACGGCGACCAGAGAGAUGAAACACCAACUCCAAACCACAGCGCUUGUACAGGCCGAGGAGUUAGUACGAGGUGCAUGUGAGGAGAGCGAGCUGAUCAGUGCCCUCAAGAACGCAGGCCUUGCCACUGACCAGGAGCGGCUGGACGAGUAUGCUGACCGCUUCCUGGAACACAUAGAACACAUACAGGAGGUGUGUAAGUUACUGCGCCACAUUGCCACCACAGACUCUCUUCAAGUCGCCGCCAAGUAUGGGGAAAUCAACCUGAGAAUCUACGGGCCCCAGGUGGUGACGGCGGCUCAGACACUCUGCCUCUACCCAACCUCCAAGAUUGCCAAGGAGAAUGUGGAAGUGUUUGCCGACAUGUGGCUCAACCUGGUGGGGGACGUGAAGAGCCUCACCAAGGACAUCAGCGACCAGAUCUCCGCUGAGAACAAACCACCAGAGAAGCAAGUCUAUGUGUCUCUCCCUCGACCCGGGGUCCAGCAGGUUGAAUCUGCUUAUCUGACUUCCCCCCAGAAACACGGCACCACCAGCAAGCCCCCCAAGCCCACCAAGCUUGACCAAGAAGAGCAAGCCAAGUUAGCCAAGUCUGGGCUAGACAUGAAGCUCAUAUCCUCAGAGGUGGACCAGGAGACGGAGAAGUGGGAGGAGCGGAUCACCCAGGAUGAGGACAAUGACAUAGUGAAGCGUGCCAAAAACAUGUCCUCCAUGGCCUUCUCCAUGUACCAGUUCACGAGGGGGGAGGGGGCACUCAAGACCACUCAGGACCUCUUCACGCAGGGCGAGUACUUUGCUGAGGAGGCAAACAGGUUAUACAAGGUGGUCAGGCAAUUCUCCUAUCAGGUGCCAGCAGGACCCCACAAGAAGGAGCUCAUGGAACACCUGGACCAGAUCCCAACCUAUGUCCAGCAGCUGCAGUUCACCGUCAAGAACCCCACUGUGGGCAAGGCAGCAACCUUUACCAAGGUGGACAAUGUCAUCCAGGAGACCAAAAACCUCAUGAAUGUUAUAUCAAAGGUGGUGACAACCUGCUUUGUCUGCGCCACCAAGUAUGAGCUGCGCCUCCCCGAACGCCUGGAACUCCCCACACUGGAUGACGUCCGCGCCUCUGGGCAGGGCAACACGAUCGGACAGUACAACUUGGACUUCCGAGGCCUCAGCCCCAGAGGACGUGGCAACUCCCCCUACCGCUCAGACGGUGAAGACGUGUCCGGUUCUGGCAACAACUCCGCCACGGGCGGGGGGUCAGGAUCGGAGGGGAACAUGUGACAAUUCGGGAUGGCCCGCCGGGGCAAGGGAGACGCUCGUCGAACACGCGUCUCCUUCCUCCUCUUCUAAACAGGAGAGUGAGGACCCCGGCGGGCCAUCGGGGAACGCAGGUAGAGAGGCACCACAGCCUGACCCAAGCUGGGGUGUUGACAACUCUUACUCAAGUCAUUUUAUGCAGCAGUCAUGCAGGUUUUACCUUUAAAGUUGCAGCUUUGCUGCUGCUAAGUCCUGCAUCUGAGAGGCAACAAGUACUUAACUAUACUGUAAUGAGUAUUGUGGCAAGAGUUCAUCAGGAUGCACUGAGCUGUGAGCUCCUGCCUCUCAGUUCAGCUUCUCUUCUAAAAAUGUAUUCUUAGUUUGAUAUUCCUAAUGCAUUACUGUUAGAGGAAAGCAGUGCUUAUUUGCUACUUCUGCCCAUAAAGAUUAAGGAAAAAUUUCCUCAUAACAAACAAACUAAGAAUACAAAGUAAAUGAUCACAUCUGGGUUCUGCUUAAGCAAGGCACUGUGCAUCACACUGCCGGAAGAGAGUUGUCAACACUGCACACCUCGGCACUGCAGGGACAGCAGCUGCGUUCAGUGUUCAGGGACGACAUUGCUUCCACUCAGGAUUGUAUUGUAUUUUUUGGUGCUAAAAAGAAAUGCGUCACCACAUGUAUCACAUAACUCAGCGUGGCCACAGCAUGCCACCUCAGAGGACCUCAAAAGCACAAAGGAAUAAACUAAAAAGCUAACAUGUACAGUUGCUCCUCACUAAUGAUGGCAGCAUGUACCAACACUCCAAUCUUUCGACAUAUCUACUACAGCACUUCCUCUUACCUGUAGCUUGUAUUUCAGUCUUUUCAUCUCUCUCUCUCUCUCUCUCUCUCUCUCUCUCUCUCUCUCUCUCUCUCUCUCUCUCUCUCUCUCUCUCUCUCUCUCUCUCUCUCUCUCUCUCAAGCUCCACACAUGCUGGAGGACAACCCUGACACAAGCUCUCUCUGGCUGCGUUCCCCACCUAGGUUAAGGUUCUAGUCUUGAAAAAGAAGCAAAAUCGGUGUUAGCACUUCAUUAGACUCAGGUUACUAACAUUUCUUUGAGAGGCUGCACUGUCUGCCUUCCCACAAACAACAAGUGAAAAGAAGUAAGUGUCAGUCCUGAGACUCUCUGGGAUCAAAUCUUAUGUUCUCCCUGUUAUCACAGCGCUAAAUUAAGGCAGAGUGUUUGCAAUGUUCUUAUUACACUGACUCUGUGACCACUUUUAUGUGAGGACUGGCAAAGAAAUUGUUCACUAAAGUAACACAUGGUUUAAAGGAGAUAGUAUUAUUAUUAUUUUUUUGGUAAUCAUUAUUUUGUUUCUCUUCUGUUGCUCCAGUGUUGUGGAGUUUGUGAAAUCAAAGAAUAAUUGGAAUUGACAUCCUAACCUGCUUUGUCAACAAGUGGCAGGAAACACACACACACACACACACACACACACACACACACACACACUCAACUUAAAUACUCAAUUAAUAUUCCAAUAGUUUUUACUUUCUUGUUAAUAGAAACCUGUACUACAUGUGUGAGAGAGAAUGAGUUUGUGUGUGCGUGUGUGUGUGUGUGUGUGUGUGUGUGUGUGUGUGUGUGUGUGUGUGUGUGUGCGUGUGUGUUUAGAGUAAGUAUUCCUCUCAGAUCUCCUUGAAAUUCUCCCUUUCAGUCUGUGCUGUGAGUGACUGCACCAUGAUCAAACACAACCAUUGUCUAUUUUUACAUAUCACAGUAUUUUGUCAGGUUUGCUUCCCACCGAGUAUUAUUUGGUGAGACCAAUCAUAUUUUGACUUGGCAAAGUUAUGAAAUAUGCCCUGACUUGGACUGCCCUUAAAGAAUAUAUUUUUGAGCUGCAUUAGUGUGCUUAUAGACUUGAUCUUUACUUUUGUAUGUGACAAAAGCCCAAAAAUGCUCCCUCAACAAGCAGUUACCUUGCUUUAAGUUGCUUGCUUCUCAUUCCAAGGCUUAUUAUGCCAUCUUGAUAAAUAAAACUUAUUUGCUCAAAAUAUUCAAUAAAUUCAAGUAUUGUUGGAAGGGUCUGCUCUGUCGUGGGAACCCAAGCAACAGAAGGGGGAGAGUGGAGAGUGAGGCCCACCAGAACAUCACAUGACUGGUAAUUAAGAAUUCCUGGUGGAAGAUGUUUGCCCUCGUAGAUACAACCCUUCCAAGAUAUAUAAGUGAAUCCAUAGUUGAUAUAUUGUUGUAGUAGGUGAGAUUUUUUCAGGGUAAUAUGAAUAGCUGAGUCACUAUAUUUGUUGAUAUUCUUUAGGAAUGUGUACAAAAUAUAUGUACAUUAAUUUAACUGUUGCUGCUGACUAGCCAUUCCAUUUAAACAGGGUUACACUGUAUAACCUUAUUAAUUUGAGCCUCCCUCAUGAUCAACAUUGUACAAAGACAUCACAAAAACCAGAAACCGAUCAAUUUGUAAGCUAUCAGACAUGCAUGAGAGAACCACGAGGCGAGAACACCAUGAUGGCUUUACUUCCUCCAUACGACGCGUACAGGACAGACAGCUUGCCACUCCUCACCACUGAGUGAGAGGAGAGGAAGACCUAUCUGAGUUGUAGAGGCGAGAGUGUGAGUCGCUUGAGGCCAAAUUAACAAGGUUCCUAAUGUACUGUGUUGCAGAUUGUUGAGUCCUCACACUCCCACUGAAGUGUCGUUCUGUGAUAACGAGUGAUGGAACAACCUAGCCUAGGUAGUAAACAUUUAAUAAGAUGAAGACUUCAGAGAGUGAAAGCAUAAUCUUUUCAUACAGACAGUCAAGACUCCUGAGGAUAAGCGGGGACAUAUAUAGUAUAUUUACAUUUAGUGAGAAAUGUUAUGGACACCUCAGUAAUGCUCUUCUUGUAUACUACAGAUUAUGUUGUGUGUUUGUAAGCAUAGUUGCACCAUCAGUGCGACAGUCUGACUGAGCCGAGGCGCAGUGCCUGAGCUGCCCUCCCGUAGGUAACACUGGUGGAGAAUUGUUACAAGACCCCACCUUGGGGACAAACUUGUCAGGUAUUCUCCCAACAUUUCAUUUCCUUCAAUGCAUGUUACCAUUUCAUAACCAGUGUGCUUCAAACUUUUUUUAGGACAUUAAAAUUGGUUCAAUGCCAUCCAAUGGAGAACCUCACGUGUGUUGAAAUUUAUGAAGUAUCCGUGUAAUUUUCAGAAAAAUGCCUGCAUUUAAUUAUUCAACUCUGCCCUGUUGUCAACCAUAGCUUUUAUAUAAUAGAGGAAAUCUAAAGUACUUUUUUAUAUUGGAAAGUUAUAUAUUCAAGUUUGAAAUACAUAUGCAAACCUUUAAAUCUAUUUAAUGAAAUGAUAAAUCUUGUUUGGGUGGAGUGAAGUGAAGAAAUGUAUCUGUUGAUGUUAUGUUUUCAUGUCAGCUUUAAACCAUGAUGCAUUACUGUUAUCUUGAUGGUUAUUGCAUUCCAAAAUAUUUUGCAAGUACGUACUUAUGCAUACAUUAUAAUUAUAUACUUGAUCUGAUAUGUUUUAAAAAGCAGCCAACAGCUCUUGGCAAAACGGAGAUCCUGUUCCUAACAGUGAUCAAAAUGGUCAGCAAGAAGUAUUGCCACUUGAGUCAUCAUUGCCUGACAAAGGUUGUGAAUAAUCCACUAAAGAAAUUAUAUUUAUAAUUUAUAUGUCUGGACCAACACAGACAACUUAGUGGACUCUGAUGCAAUGUUAGUAAUGAGUUGACUUAUUUCUGUGUAUGUUUAGCACUAAUUACAUACAGCAAUACUUUUAAAAUAUAAUUAUCAUAUGCAUUGUUUUCUUGGGGGCAUGACACUGUUACCAGGAGUUUAUUAUUUGUUGACUGUUUGUAAUAUAGACAGUAUUUAUCGGAGAAGUUGUAUGCAUUCCAGAAAAUCCGACAUUCUUGCUACAGAGGCUAGGUAGCAGGAAGAGACAUGUACACUGCAGUGACCUAAGAGGCUGCUGGUGCGGUGCCAAGCAGCGGAAAUAGCUCACCACUGUGUGUUCAUUCAUACCUCACACCACAAUGUGCAUUACGCUGAUGGUGUCACUGCAGUCAAAGAGCGUUUGUGGUGUGCGUCGGCUACACUCACAUACAUACACUUCAUUGCACCUCCAGAGUCUACUUGAUAUGACUGGAACUAAGACUCUUGUCAUAGAAACCAGUCUCUCAAAGAACUAAAGCAAGCAGAGCACAAGUGGACAUUACGAAUGAUGCAAUCUGUCACUAACUCAAGGAUGCACAUACACAAGCACUUGUUUUCUCAAUGAUACAUCUUUAUACUACUAACUGGAAAAUGGCAUUGUUGGAUUGGCUAAAUGGAAAAUGCUCAUUAUUGCUUCAUUUAUGUAUAAUCAAAGCAUUCUUCUCAAGGAGUGGUAAGGAAAUUCAGAAAAUCUAAGAAACAAAUAGGAAAAACGCAUUUGCUACAAUCAAACUACAAGAUGACUAAGUCAAAAUGCCUUUGUAUGAGAAGCUCUACGGGAGGUUAAUUGUAUGUGCUCCUGUUGUUUCCUGACGCCAGUUUAGCAGCCACGUGGGCCAUGCUGCAGGGACGCCCCAGGGCCCCUCCACGCUCUGGCCCAAAACCAACUCCAGAAAGAAUCAAACUAAGAGUCCUCCAUCGACCACCCCACACGCCCUUCCAGUCCCAUGAUGUGAACCUCUUCAAGCAUCAGUUAUCUGUUCAUUAAUUGUUGUUGAUUUAGAGUAUUAUGUACUUGUUAGCCACUCUCAACCCCCUUGACCUUGGUACUCAAGUAAGCAUCGUCUUCAAAUACAAAACAGCAAUACCUGUUUAUUUCGUACUGUUAAAUCAUAAAGUUAUAUUUUUCCUAGAGAUAUUCAAAGCAUCAUUUCAAGAAGAAAAGUAUAAGACUAGAAUGAUUGUGCAUCCCUUGAGUGCAACAAUGUGAGCAAAAUGUCUUUUCUAAUAGCUAUCAGUUAAGUUUACUACUAGUCACACCUUUCAGGUUGACAACUGGGUGCGAUAUAUAUAGUAUUACAUGAAAUUUGUUACCUCAUUAGUGGUAGGCAUCAUUAUGUGGUUAAAGAAAAAAAAAAUAUUAGGCACAGAAUAGUUUUUUUCAACCUCAAGUGGUGACCAAGAAUUCUACUCUGCCGUGUCUGUGUUUGUCGUGUGCUUGUGAGAGAGUGAUGUGUGUUGCUGCACUGUUGCAUGAACAUAGACAAUGAGGCUACUCUUGACACACGUUUUAUCAUUAAAAAAUCUCACUGAAUUUUUCACUUGCGGGAAUUUUCACCUGAGUUGCUGUACACCACGCUUGCCUAGAUCCCAGCGAGCAGUGUUGUGUGACGCUCCACCACCCAUCAGAUGGCAGCGCUCUUGUUCGGGCAAGACUCUUUCACCUCUAAAAAUUUAUUCUUGAUUUUAAAUGAAUGGAAGAAAAUCAAAAGAUGUUUGUUAAAUAUUUUUAUGCUCAAAGGGCAAUAGGUUUCUUGUGUCUUGAUGAAAUAUAUGUUUUGUAGGGAAAUUAUAUUUUUAUUACCAGAUAUUUGUAAUUACUGAUAUAUAUAACUAUGAUGGUUUUGCCUGAUCAAAAGUGGUUACAUUAAAUGGCUGGUUAUAUCCUUUAUGUUGGUGAUACGCCAAACUGCACCGCUGGAAACAUGUCGGUCAAUUCCACCUCACUGUGGUCGAGUGAAUAUUACGCCCGCACUUGUUGUUUCAGUAUUUACAAACUAAAUUGAUUAAUGUAUUUGAAGUGUAGGUUUAUUUCAGGCACAGAGAAUAUGUAUAAUGUGGCCCUAGGACUCACCCCAGAGAAAGAUCUCUUAAUUAACAGUCUUUAUUUGCUGGGGGUAAAUUUGGCAUCUUUGGGGUGAGUUGUCGGAGCCUGUGUCGUGUGGUGUCUGGGAAGCGAGGCUGACCACUGUGUCAUCGCACGCUCCCCAGCUUUCAUACCAUGUCUCAGUGUGUGUGCUGCCGUCAAGCAGUUGUCUCUGGUAUUGUUGAGCUGUGUUCGCUUCUGUGAAGAUGGUGACUGCCCCAGUGUACCAAUCCACUACCACCACCACCACUACCACCACCACCAUCACCACCAACACCAACACCAACACCAACAGAAAGGAACGGUGACUUCUGAGACCUUAGUUGAUGUUGUGCAUUGGGCUGAUUUACUUUAUUAUAAAUGAUCAUCAUCUUCAGAUUCAAAAGAUGAUGUGACUGAAGGUUUCAAUCAUACAUCUGUUUUGGCCUUUCCUCCAAAGACCUUCCCAAUGAGUGGUUCCCUGUAAGUUGUGUAAGAUAUCAUUAGCUAUAUUUGAUUUUAUACAUUCUGAUGAUGGUAUGCACUGGCCCUCUCGGGAAAGACAUUUAAUGGAAGGAAUGAACAGGCCAAGCCAGCCUUCCUUCCCUUGCAAGGCCUGAGUUAUUUUCUGAGGUUUGUAAAGAAAGUGAAUAAUGUCUACCAUGUGAGCUUGUAUGUUCCUACCCCUUGUCCUCCUCCACAGACCCAGCUGUCCACUGUUAUCAAAGUUUUUGCAAAGAAGUGACCUUCUUGUAUAUGUGAUUAACAAAAUAUGAAGCAGAAUAAACUGUUGAGUGUAUGGUAGCAAGAGCACCAUACACACAAACAUUCACACACUAGAGUUACAAGUAUUACAAAUCAGCUCUGUAUUUCUACUACCAACACCAAGAGACUGAUUUCUCUGCUGUCAUCACACUCAUGGCAGCAAAUGCAAUGUGCUAAAGAUGCUAAAGCUGAGCUACAAUAUUUUUGCUUAUUGCUAUAUUGCAAAGUGGUACAGGUAGCACUGUUUUAUUCACUUGAGUAUUACCUCAGUGAUCACCAUCUGAUUUAGUUUAUCCUUUACGCAAGUUAGCUUCCCUCUCUACACUGCCUCGCCGAGCACAACUGGCACCUUUCCAUGAAUGACUAUGUAAUCCAUAAACCAGAAGGUCAUGGCUUGUGCAACACGACCCCGGCUAUCGGACAGUUUAUUCAUUGUUGAGGCUGCAGUGUAAAUCUGGCGAGAGAAUCCCCACCCGCCAAAUACCAUUAUUGUGUAUAAACAUAUUUGUUCAGCCGCUCCCUGAAUGUAAAUAGAGCUUGUUCACAUUAUAAACAGUAUUUCAUAUGUUCAUUAAAACGUGAGGUUAUAAUAAAACAUGAAAGAUA